GCUGUCACAGCGAGCCGCGGAGGGAUGGUGCGGCGGCCGGCGGCCGGGCAGCGCGCAUCGCACGCGGGCGGGCGGGCGGCGCGGAUGGGGCAGCGCUGCGCGGCGCCAUGAGGGUCCCGCGGAGCCCGGCGCGGCUCGCCCUGCUCUGGCUGGUGGCCGCCCUGGCCGCCGGCUCGCUGCCGCGGGGACCCAGCCCGGCCCCGGGCGCCGAGGCGGGGAACGAGCUCAGCCCCGAGGCCGCCGCGCCUCAGCCCACCUUCGCCGCCACCCUGGGCAGCCCCCAGCCCAGCGCCGCCGCGGGGCGAGCGCGGCCGGGAGCCCCGGAGCGGGCGAGCCUGGCGCCGGGGCGGGCGAGCCUGGCGCCGGAGCGGGCGAGCCUGGCGCCGCCGGGAGCCCAGCCCGGCCCCGGCACGGCAGCCUCCCCGGUGGCGGCAGGUUCUCCCCGGCCCAGCCAGUGGCCCAGCACCGGCCUCCCCGCGGCAGUCCCGUCCCCACCUGCCGAGCAGGAGGACGUGGCCACCGGCGGCAGCCAAGACUAUCUGUGUAACUGCAGUGCUCUUGGGAGUGCAAGUGUGAAUGAGUGCAAUACUUCAACGGGACAGUGCGAGUGUCACAAAGGCUACACUGGUCUGCGGUGUGAAAACUGCGAGGAAGGAUAUCUCCUGAACCAAACCAGUGGGCUCUGCCUUCCGUGUGGCUGCAGUUCCAAAGGCUCUGUCAACUCCCUUUGUGACAACUUUGGAAAAUGCCAGUGUAAAGUUGGGGUAACCGGCUUCAAGUGUGACCAGUGCUGCGAUGGCUACUACUGGGUGAACCAAACCAGCUGUGAACCAUGCCAGUGCAAUAACUAUUCCAACAGCUGCGAUGUCUUAACAGGCACCUGUUUCAACUGCCAAGGAAAUACAGAAGGAAGCCACUGUGAAAAAUGUAAGGUGGGCUUCUUUAGAAGCAUCUUCCCAAGCCACGAAUGUAACCGCUGCCCGUGUUCAACAGUGGCAUCUACCGGCAGUUGCCACAUAAAACCUGGUCAACACAUCCCAACGUGUGACAGAUGCAAAGCCGGAUACACUGGCCUGAACUGCGACCAGUGUGACAAUGGCUAUUACAAUUCCGACAGCAUCUGCAUUAGAUGUAAAUGUAACGGGAAUGUAGACCCAGACCAGUCACCCAAGGUAUGCAAGCCAGACACAGGGGAAUGCAUUGGCUGCCUCUACAACACGGCCGGGUUCCAUUGCGAGGAGUGUCAGGAAGGUUAUGUCAGAGACCCGGAGGGAGCCAAUUGCACCAAGAAAGAAGUCAUUCCUGGUCCUGAACCUAGAGGGUUUAUAACUGCUGCUCCCAACACCAGCAGGUCAACAUCAUUUUCAGCUACUGUAAUAAACAGUACGUUAGCGCCAACAACUGUGCAGACUAUAUUUCCUAUCAACUCCUCUGACAAUAGUACCUCCUCAUUAGCAGACGUCUCCUGGACUCAGUUUAACAUAAUUAUUUUGACAGUUAUCAUCAUUGUUGUGGUCCUGUUGAUGGGAUUUGUGGGUGCUGUCUACAUGUACCGUGAAUAUCAAAACAGAAAACUUAAUGCUCCUUUUUGGACCAUUGAGCUCAAGGAGGACAACAUUAGUUUUAGCAGCUACCAUGACAGCAUACCCAACGCUGAUGUUUCAGGCUUACUGGAGGAUGACGGAAAUGAAGUGGCACCAAAUGGACAGCUGACGCUGACAACUCCCAUGCAUAACUAUAAAGCUUAAAACAAGAGUCAUUCCAGCUAUUCCAAAGUCGGCUUAAAAAUAUUACAGUCCUCGUUGAAGGGGUAUCUAAAUCUGUACCAAGGCUCCAAGCAAAGGAAUUUUCUACCCACGUACUCUUUUACGUCAGGCAUGGUGUAGCUUGCUGUUGAGCAGGAAAGGAGUGUAGUGCAUAUGAAUUUCAGGUAAAAUUAUGACAUGCAUUCAAUGUAUUGUUUUCCAUGACGAUCCAUGGAAUUCAUUGCUAAGGACUUUCCAUGAAAUUAUGCUGACCUUUAAAGUAUAUUUUUAUAUGAAAAGAUGGGGGGUGGGUAGUAACCAAUGCCCCCGAUUAAUCAAAAGCUACUUUGACUUCCAACCAAGCUAAGGCCUACACCAGUAGCCUAUAUUUUGAAAAGCAGCCUGUUUAAUUAACAGCAGGCUUUCAGAAAAUAGACUUUUGUAAAGACUUCAUUUUAUUUCCUGGUAUGAAUUUGUGUUUUUAUAUAUAAAAAGGGAAAUCAUGUUCAUUUCACUGUACUGCUAAGAGACUUCUAAAUGUGUAAAUGUUACACACAUACUAAAGUCACCAUGUUCAGUUUUCCAGCAAUUUGGGGAGCAGAAACAAUCAAUCAUGAAAAUUUCGGGGGGUGGGCAAUCACUCUUUUCCCCUUCUGAGUUCUCUCAUACAAAGUGACGAUACUAUUAAAACACGGAAAUCCAUUUUCAGUAGAAGGAGUUAAUGAACUUGUAUACAUGCUGUACAAGGGAAGACGACAAGACAUCUCAGGGUCACGUGUACAAAUAGCAGCUUGGCUUAAUAUCCUACCCUGACAGAAAUGGUGUGUUCUGUACAUAGAAUGUAAUAUAUCUUCUCUCCAUUGUAUUUAUAAUUAUUUGUAAAAAAAAAAAAAAAAAAAAGUCGUGAGUCCUAUUUUAUCAUCUAGAUUUUAUCUGUACAGCGGUUAGUGGCAUUGUAAAAAAUAUGGGGAUUGUUUUAAAAUAGUGUAAAUCAGAUGGUGAUGUUGCUGGAGCUGGGACUCUGGCAGACACCCAUCAUUUAAAGUUCUUCUUCUGAUAUCACUGAAAUUUUUUUAAAGUUGUGUGUUUCCUCCUCGUUAUCUGUAACAGUUCAAACUCCCCCACUCAUUUAAAGGUAUGGACGCUAGUAUCAUGAAGAGAGACUAGUCAAUUUCCAGAAAUGAGGUGUAACCUUUGGUAAUUUGCUGUGAAAUGCCCACAGAAAAUGCAAACAUGCUGUUACAAAUGCAUAAUUAUUUAUGGCUUGAUCCUGAAAACCAUGACGAACAUGCACUGCUGUUAUUCACAUGCAUCAUUCCUUUGAAGUCCACGAGACUGCUCUUGUGAAUAAAGACUGCUGGGUGUGAGCAAGGCUUGUCAGAGGCGCUGAGCUUUGCCCUGCCCCGGUUGAAGAUAAUGGCAACACUCCCCUUGACUUCAAUGGAACCAGGACGUCACCUAAGAGUUGACCAGAUCUGGUUCUUUAUUGCAAACUUUGAGUUAAAAAAAAUUAUAUAGACUCUGUCAAGCAAUUUAUGCCUAGAAGUUCUUAUAGCUUUAAGCUGCUGUUUGCUGGGGAGAGUCAGGAGGCUCAGUUGCCAAGAAACACACAAAGGUCCAUUGGUUAGGCAAAGUCGUACUGUUCUGGUGCAGAGACAGACUAGCUGUUAGCAGAGGGAGCAGUUAACAGCUGACAGUCCUUUUCUGGCUCAGCAGACUGGAGAUAGCCACAGGUUGCCUUCUUGUUCCCCCAGGUGACUUUAAGAUGUAGGCCUGAAUACAGGCUCCUAUGCAUAGGUGUAACAUGGAUGAUGAACAUACAUCCAUGCACCACUGAGGAAGAAUGCUGACAAUAACAGCCUGUGGACAGCUGGUUAGAACCCCUAACAGCACGCCAUGACCCCUGCAUAGACCCUCUCUCCUGUCCUGUUAACCGCUGGCAGCAGGCAAUGGGGGGAGGUGUAAGGGGCACUGGAUAGUUUGCUCCUUUCAGUGACCCCGACGCAUUCCAUCUGUAUCUGUGCAGUGUAAAAAUAAUGCCAUGGGGCACCUCAGCUCCACCCUACCUUUUUUCAGUGUGCCUCACGCACCAGCUUGGCACGUGGUCCUUUUCAAGAGCCACAUCCAAUCUCUCUCCCUUAUUCUUUUCACUGUACUCACAGGCUGUCUUUAGGCCCAAUCCAACUCUCCUUAAAGACAAUGGAAAGCCUCCCAUUCACUUUAAUGGAGUUUGAAUGGGAUCAUUUGUUUGAUUUUUUUCUGAGCUUGGCAAACUAUUACUGUCCUAUGAAAAUCAAUACAAUUAAUGUUUAACAGAGUCACAAAUCAAACCCUUUUCCUAACCUGCCCCCCACGAAUACAGCCGUGGUGCAUGGGUGGUGGUGUUUUGCAAAUGUUUAAAAACAAUGCUGCUGAUAAACAAGGUAGUUAACCAUGUUGAGCUAUCGCUGGCUCAUGCAUCAUCAGAAAGAGAGUGGAAAAGGAGAAUACUAUUUAUUUAUUUAUUUAUUUAUUUUAUUCUGUUUGUAUUCCACUGGUGCCUAAGGACCUCAGUCAGGGUUGGGGAUGCAUUGUGCUAGGUACUGUAGGUACACACAGUAAGUUACAAUCCCUGCCCCCAAAAGAUAUUACAGUCUAAUUUAAGAUGUGGCACACGUGAACGUAACAAAGGGAAUUUGAGGUGGAGGGCAAGGAAAAUAGUGAUAGGAGGGUGUGAUAGACCAUGUAUAUAAGCCAGAUCCAAAGACCGCUGAAGCCAAUGGAAAGUCUCCCAUUCCCUGCUGUGGGCUUGGGACAGGUCCUAAGUUUAUAAGAAGUUGGAUUCAAGUCAUUCAGAGAUGUUUUAAGUGAUAAAAUAGAAGGGAAAAAGGACAAAGGAAAAUCAUAGAUUGCACACGAAGCUUUUGAAGAGCGGAUUAAUGACAAUGGAGAGAAAUGACUAAAGACGGUAUGUAAUUACUUGGCAGUGUCCUUUGUAAUAUCUACUUGCCUGAUCUUUACACCGUGAAAAAAGUAACUUUUCAUAGGAGAUUUUAAUGACCCCCCAUUUUAGAUUCUGGAAAUAGUUCAUAGAGCAAUAAUGCUGACAGGCAAAGAAAGAGUGAGCACUAGGGUGUGUCAGAAGUCUUUUGCGGGAGCUUGAGGAGAGUUUGCAAAGAAGAGAAGAACUGCUACCAAAUGUUCCUUCCUGAAACCUUGGAAAGCCUGCAGGCUAGUUUAUAACAGGGAUGGGACACUUCUCAUUCGGAUUUCAGAUCCUGGUUUUUGGUUCUCUCCCAUUAUAGAGAGUGGCCAGCUGCAGAGUUUGCUUCUGAGUUCAGACACUGACCCCCUCCUAUCCCACCGUUAAAAAUGGUGGUAUCUGGAUCUGGGGUUUUGGUUCUGGCCCUUUUCUGCCUUAUAAGCAAAACAAGAUAAAUGAAUAUGAAGGCACUAUCUCCGAGCCCAUGUUUGAUGGAGUGAGGAGGUCAGUUCAUCUUACGCUUUGUAAUGGUGGGAGGGCAAUAGUAUUUGGGAUACGUUGCUGAUGGCAAAUUAUCUCUCAAAUUUUGAGAAAACAUCUCAUAGACAUCCUGGGAGUCUGAUCCAAAGCCUCUGGAAGUCAAUUGAGUCUUUCCUUUGGACCCUACUUGCAUAAAACUUUUCAAAACUGGACUGACCUUACUGGGACUGUGGGAGGGAUACUCUGUUAUAUAGCAGGCUUUGAUUUGGAACUAACCUCAGCCUAGCAGAGACUGGAAACCUCACAGAGGUGAGGCACUCGGGAGGAUGCCUAUAGGAGGGUGACAUGACUCAGCAGAAGAAACAAAAAUAGUUGCAGUCAGUCACGUCCUUUUGCUGAGAUGGAUAACCAGAUAAGAAAUCAAAACACAAUUAAAGAAAGAGUAAAGAGGAACUCCCCUCCUUGAGGUUCAGCCUAGUUCUGUGAUCGCUGGGCAUGGAGCUUGCUUGUAUCCCCUCUGUUAACCACAUACCUGAGCAUCUUUACAAAGGGAGGACGAAAAUGAGCUAGUUGUAUCUCUUGAGCAGCUGAGAGUGCACCCUGACAUAGCGCCUGGCCUGAAAUGUUCACUGGCAACUGCCUCAGCCUACCAAAGUCCUCUGAGCAUUUCAUGCAUUUUAUGACUUGCCACACAGCUUCCUGUGAUGCAGAGUCUGUGCCAUAGCAGCUUGGAACUUGCACAGAUAAGUAGGAAGAGGACGGCGCCGGUGCAGUAGAGCCAGUGGAGAGGCGAAUCAUCAAGUUAGGGGUGGGGCAUCUAGGGUCCUGGACACAGAUAGCUGAAGUAUCAGAAUUGAUACCGUGAUGGCAUUUACAGGCCUCACACUGAACCAGGGCAGGCAAGAGAGAAAUACUGGACUUGGGAGGCCCCACCCCUCAACAGGCACAAGGCAUGUUCCCAGUGGAGGAAGAGUUUAAAAGGAGACAGGUAGGCCAGGAAGGCAUGAGCUGCAUGUAGUAACCAGGAAGUGAGGCUGAUGUUGUGCCAGGAGUGGUAACAUCUUUGUGAAGGCUGCUCUAGCAGUAGGGACUUGGAGAGCCCCCUACUUGAUCUUUGGGAGUUGAAAGCCCUAAGAGACUGAGUAGAGUCUACUAAACCAGUGACCAUGCCCCAAAGUGAGGAGCUUAAGACUAGUAGGAAAUUACUUGGGGGAAAUGUAAUUUGGGGUAGCUCAGUAACUUGGCAGGACAGUUUGAUAAACUCCAAGGGCCCUGGUUUGGGACCUGCAGGAUUGAGUGAGCCUUGGUCCCUCUGCCUUUGUCCCCUGGCUCCUUUGUAAUGACUGAAUGGUGACAGAGCAGUUAGAGCAUGAGGAGGUGACUGAGGCUGCAGCUCGGACCCCUCUGGGAUGACUAGACUAGCAGAAACCGUAAGGCCAUGAGCUGACCACGAGGCCAGCUGGUCAUCAGACCUUCCUCGUACAGAUACCCGCACUGUUGGGGGUUACCACUGUUCCACCUGCUAGCAGCUAACUGAAUAGUAUGCAGUCCUGCAGGACAACAUCAUUCAUUUUGGGUGAGACAGUGGGUGGUAUGAUGCACUAGCUAUGUGUGCAUGGUGCAGAUGGAGUAAUAGGGGGACAUGGUAGUCCAGAGAAAAAUGACAGUGAAAGAUCAAUGGCUGCUGUUCCUAAUGGUAACGAUCUUAUGCCCAUACCCUGAGACGUGAGCGCCAUUACGGCACAUGUUCCCGCUGGUCUGGAUGAGGCAACUGAAAUUCCAUAGUCAAGUACCUGAGAACAAAAAGACUCCUCUAAUGGUGUGGGUGAAGGGUAAAAACAGUAAUUUUAUAAUAUGCAUAGGGCCACCCUGACAGGAUCACAAGGUAGGAUGCUAUUCUGUGAGCACAGGAUGUGGCAGACAUAAAAAUAUAAUGGGGCUAAUGUGAAUUUAAGGUCUUAAAUCUCAUGAACCAUCAUAGCUAGAAAUAACUGCAUGAAGUUUUAGGCCUGGGGAAUUAUCUUGAAGUGUCCUAUAUUGAAAUAGUCACUCCCUUGGUCCAGGCAAAAUAAACUUAGACCCUCAGAGGUAAUUUAUGAGGCAGGAUGGAGCGUCUUUACCAUUGUAAUGGCAUUCUGGGGCAGUUGACCUCUGAUAUAAAGUAUCUCUAUUCCAAAUAUUAAAUGCAACAUACGUGAUAUGUGGCAGACAAUCGGUACAGUCUCUUCUAAAAUGAGGACCUAAGACUGAAGCCUAAACAAAAUUUCUCUUUAAAGUGAAGUUUUAAAAUUAGCUUCCAAGAAACUCUGCUAUUUAUGUCUCCAAUUAAAAUAAAACGUGGGCCUAAAACAUUAAAAUUACAUUCGCUCCCAACUAAAAUACAGGAGUCUUGCAACACAUCCAAAUAAGGUGUCUCCUAAGCAUAUACUAAGCUUACAAAUGUAUUUCUAAAAAAGCUGUGUAUGAUUUGAAUAUGUCAGAAUUUAUACAGAAGAAUGUUAUUUAAAAUGAAUAAAAAUGUAUAUAAUUUGUAUCUAA